CGGCCAGCCAGCAGGUGGGUUGAUGCUGAUCAUUUGACUUCUGCCCCAGGACCAUGAUUUUGCAAUAUUCAGCUCCUAGGACUGCUCAUUUUCUUUUUGGACACUUUUAACCAUUAUGGCCACUUUCACCACCCUCUCUUUCAGACGCUGAUUUCGGCUCCCCCAUCCCCUAUAAAAUCUAGCCUGUUUUCUUGCUUUCCACGAUGCUAUUAUCCCAACCUGUCCUCUCAGCGUCCGCCCGCUGCCUCUCUUUCCCUCGUUGCCCACUGUAUGGUGUCAUUUGCAUUAAUAGCCCGAGUCACCUUCUUUUCCUGUCCUCCUCUAUUCCUUAUUUAUAAUUUUCGGUCAUUUUUGGGACCUGAUCCCCUAAACAUGGUCUUUCUCACGGUCGGUGUCCCGGUAAGUGUCACCAUGCCCCUAUGCUUCAUCCGCUCAUUUUUCGUCUUGGAGACCGAUCGGAAGCACAUGACUGGUUUGGAUACCAUUGCAUAUUUUGACUUGCUCCAUAACAUUGGUGAGAAACUAGAGCGGAUUGGACGAUUGAAUAAUAUACAGAGAAUCGAUCUGCUGGAGCAGGCUGAGGCUGGGGGAUCUAUUGGAUGGCACAUGCUCUGGACUGAAGAAAAGAUUAUCUCUUCAACAUGCUCAGCCAGUUGUGAGGACAUGUACUGGGUCAUGGUCAGCAUAGUGUUGGUUAAAGACCUCAGAAUCGAUAUGAAGGAGUUGGGAAAGCUGGAGAGAUUCCAGGUGGCCGACCUUUUUAGAAGGCUCAAAGCUCUUGACUAUGAACUGAUAGUACAAACCUCACACAACCCACCCCACCUUCUUCCUCAGACCCCUCCCUGCAGACUAGCGAUGCCAUACCACUGUCCAGUCUCCCGAACUAUCCCCCAGUUAUCAGUGACGACUUCAAAAGUUUAUUGAAUUAUAAUGACAGCUUACAACGGAACGUGUCUUCUCCCCUGUUGCUGAAUACAAUCCGUAUUGGUGCCUGUUGCCCCGCCCCUGCCGCCGUACCCACGGGAUCUAUGGGUACAACCCCUGGGCUCUCGCCCUCUACGUCUAAUGUUCAUUCGCCCCAAGUCAAUGAGCCAUCCACACCAUCGGGUACUGUGAACUCUCCCCAACAAGCAGGGUCGAUGAGUAGUUGGCCAAGGCAACG